ACGCGCCCCGGCCGGGCUAGGCGGUCCGUUGCCAAGGGAGGACGCGCAGGCGUAGAACGGCAUCCUCCUCUUCUCUCUUUCAAUCCCUAAACAAGAAACCCGGAAGUGUGCGGUGUUAAAAAAAAAAGAGGCCAAGCAGGUGGAAGGGAGACUCACCUCUCACCUUCUUAAGAAUGGAGAAAAUGGCGGACCUUGAGUUCCCCAAUGCUACACAUGAUGUGUUCAAUGUCACCCUUCACACAACGCUGGCUCUUACCACAAAGCUGGUACUUCCUACACCUGCUAAGCCAAUACUUCCAGUGCAAACUGGAGUUCAAGCUCAACAAGAGGAGCAAUCGAGUGGCAUGACUAUAUUCUUUAGUCUUCUUGUAUUAGGUAUCUGCAUCAUAUUGGUGCACUUAUUGAUAAGGUACAGGCUGCAUUUCAUGCCAGAGAGUGUUGCUGUUGUUUCAUUAGGUAUUCUCAUGGGAGCAGUUAUAAAAAUCAUAGAAGCGCAAAAGCUAGCCAACUGGAAGGAAGAAGAAAUGUUUCGUCCCAAUAUGUUUUUCCUUCUUUUACUUCCACCAAUCAUAUUUGAAUCUGGGUAUUCAUUACACAAGGGGAAUUUCUUUCAAAACAUAGGCUCCAUCACCCUAUUUUCUGUGAUUGGGACAGCAAUUUCAGCUUUCAUUGUUGGAGGAGGAAUCUAUUUUCUUGGUCAGGCUGAUGUAAUUUAUAAACUCAACAUGACUGACAGUUUUGCAUUUGGUUCUCUGAUCUCGGCUGUUGACCCAGUAGCUACUAUUGCUAUCUUUAAUGCCCUUAAUGUUGAUCCUGUACUUAACAUGCUUGUCUUCGGGGAAAGUAUUCUCAAUGAUGCAGUCUCAAUUGUCCUAACAAACACAGCAGAAGGUUUGACAAGAGAACAUACGUCCGACGUAAGUGGAUGGCAAACCUUUCUCCAGGCUCUGGGUUACUUUCUGAAGAUGUUCUUUGGUUCUGCCGCGCUGGGGACACUGACUGGCCUUAUUUCUGCAGUAGUAUUAAAGCAUAUCGAUUUAAGGAAAACACCUUCUCUGGAGUUUGGAAUGAUGAUUAUCUUUGCUUACCUUCCCUAUGGAUUGGCAGAAGGUAUUUCUCUCUCAGGUAUCAUGGCUAUCUUGUUCUCUGGUAUCGUAAUGUCUCACUACACCCAUCAUAAUCUCUCUCCAGUGACACAGAUUCUAAUGCAACAGACUCUGAGAACAGUUGCAUUCAUGUGCGAAACAUGCGUUUUUGCAUUUCUAGGGCUGUCGAUUUUUAGUUUUCCUCACAAAUUUGAAGCGUCCUUUGUCAUUUGGUGCAUAGUGCUUGUGCUUUUUGGCAGAGCUGUCAAUAUUUUCCCACUCUCCUACCUGCUCAAUUUCUUCCGUGAUCACAAAAUCACUCCCAAAAUGAUGUUCAUCAUGUGGUUUAGUGGCUUACGUGGAGCAAUUCCUUAUGCAUUGAGCCUCCAUUUAGGGUUGGAGCCAAUAGAGAAGCGGCAGCUUAUUGGAACCACGACAAUCAUCAUUGUAUUGUUUACAAUCUUGUUGUUGGGUGGAGGAACUAUGCCUUUAAUCAGACUGAUUGAUAUUGAAGACUCAAAAGCAAGGCGAAAGAACAAGAAGGAUAUUAACCUCAGCAAGACAGAAAAAAUGGGCAACACAAUUGAAUCUGAACAUCUGUCUGAACUUACAGAGGAAGAGUAUGAAGCACACUACAUCAAGCGCCAGGACCUCAAAGGCUUUAUGUGGCUUGAUGUCAAAUACUUGAAUCCUUUUUUUACCCGGCGGCUCACGCAAGAGGACUUACACCAUGGUCGCAUACAGAUGAAAAGCCUCACCAACAAAUGGUACGAGGAGGUGCGACAAGGACCGUCUGGAUCUGAAGAUGAAGAGCAAGAGUUACUGUAACGAGACUAGAGCAGGAACUUACAAUGAUGGCACCAAAAAUGUAGGACAAUUCAUGAAGAUGAGCUCCAGGGUUGUACUCAAGACUGCAUUUGGUAUACAUGGUGGUGAGAUGUAUUCCAAACAAACAGCUGCAACAUGUUUUGAAGAGAAAGGCUGUCUCUAGUGCCAAAUUUUGGGUUAUCUGGACAUUGUGCUGAAUCCAUCUGCAUCGGGAUAACUAGGAAAUGGGUUUGUACUGAUUAUGAUUUCUGCUGUAUUUAUUAUAUGUGAGAGGGACUCUGUAGGACAGCUUCAGAAAACUUUAGUGCACUUUAUUCUUUUUUUCUGAUACACUGGCUUUGGAAGUCAUGAGGAUGAAUACUGUGAAUAAUGGGCAAGUACAUUAUUAUUUGAAGCUCAUUUUUAAUUUGCUGUCUUGGUAUAUUACGAACUCAAGAGGCCAAAUAAGAACAUUGCUACAGGACUGUUAUUGUGCAUGAACAAAAGCACCUAAUUAAAGCGUCAUAGUCUCUGGGAUUUCAAAUUA